CAUAAGCCACAUUGGGUUUUGGAGCACAACGGAUUUCCGUACACAUAAGCAAGCGGAGAGAAAGAGCGACGCAGAUAUGCUGACGAUUCAGAUUCCGGGCGGCUCGAGGUUUGCUUCGUUUUCUGCCCGACACCGGAGGAGAGGCCUUUAAAAACCCCUCGUCAUCUCUCCUGCAGCAGCAGCAGCAGUGAACCUUCUCCUGCCUUCCUUCUUCUCUGUCCUUUUUCAGUCCGAGUAAGAAAGGGUUUCCCCUGCAGCUCUCUCCGAGGAGUCUCAUGGAGGGAGGGGUUGGCGCAUCUAGGCCGCACUUCGUCAAGGCGUUGAUCCCCGGGUUCUCUAAAAGGAUGCUGAUUCCUCGUCACUUCACCGAGCGUCUUGCGUGUGAGAACCAUGAAACGGCCACCAUUCUAAGCCCUCUUGGCAAGUUUUGGCAUGUUAGUAUCGAGAGAGAUGGGCAUGAUAUGUACUUCGGUAAUGGCUGGAAGGAAUUUACUGAAGCCCAUGACUUGUGUGUGGGUUACUUCCUGGUGUUCUGCCAUGAAGGCAACAUGGUUUUCACUGUCAAGGUUUUUGAUUGGAGUGGUUGUCUUAAGGAGUAUAAUGAGAUUGCAGGUGGAUUCUCAGAAGAAACAAAAACAACAGUCGAAGAAGAUCAAGCCAUUGAUAAUGCAUCAAAGAGUGAUAUACGGAAGGGAGUAGAUUCUGAUAGCAUAACAAGUAAGUUAAAGACUGAUAAUUUAGAAUGCUCCGAUGAGGAGGAGGAAUCUACUCCAUUUUGAGAAGAUAGAUAUACCUUGUCAUCUCCAGUACAAGGCAAUGGGUGUUCUGUAAGCUUGCUGUAUGGUCUCAAAAGGAAACAUGAAAUUGUGUUAGUAAGACGUAAAAUCUUUGGCUCUCAUCCUGGUCCUCAAGGAGAUAAAAAAAUGGGGAAAGCAUUGAGAAUAUUUGAUGGAUGCUUUGUUUUGUUUGGUCUUGUAUCCACCUAUAUCAUCUUCUCCGUUUCUGCCUUCUCUGAAUCAUAUUUGAAUUGAAUGUAAGACAUGAGAACAUCUCAUCAUUCAGCAAAAGUUGAGAGAAAUGUAGUUGUGGCAA